AUGACGAAUGGUUAUCAUCGCAUCACAGCGUUAUUAUUAUUUGUAUGCUUGUGUGCAUUGGCGUUCUUAGCAACUGAUGUUUCUAUAUCUGCUGAUAGUGGUGCUCCUAUUCCUACUUCUGUACACCUAUAUGAUGUGAUGCCGCAGACAACAGAAACAACAACAACAAAGACCCCAACACCAACAACACCAACAAACGUGGUAAAUGAUGAAUCCACUACAGUUCCAACACAAGGAUCAACAGAUCUUGGUUUAAUGCCACUUUAUGGAUUUCGUCUUCCUUCUUUGGUACUUUUGUUGCACAUGGAGGGCAACCUUUCAGCACAUCUGCUAGACUCGGGAAUACAAUUAUGGAGUGUGGAUACUGGAGGAAGUGUAAUGCACGCCAAAUAUGAACAACAUCCAACAGAUAAAAUUCUAAAAGAAGAUCCUCUAUCUCAGCCGUUUUUGAUAGAGGGGGAUAUGUUAUUUACAAGACGUCGUUUUACUCCUAAUUUGUCUAACCGACGGCUUCCUCUAAAUGAUGCAGGUAAUAAUGAAGGUAUUGAUUAUAGUGGUGAUAGUGAUGAUGGUGAAGAAGAAAAUAUUGGUAACAUACCGCUUACUCCACUGCAUCCAAAUUAUUUUAUGAAUCUUUCUACAUUAAUUCGUCGGCGUCAUGUACAUGUUGGAGAUACUGAUGUCUUUGUAACUAGCUCAGCUCAGCUCAUGGAUGUUAAUAGUUACAAUGGGGAACCGGUAAAAUCUAAAAACACCCUUUGGCCUUAUUUACAUAUUGUGCGUUAUAAUAUAACAAUUCAUGUGCAGUGUCAUGAGGAGUACAGUUGGCAAAUGAGUUUGGCGCAGUACAAACUAAGAAAACGAUCCCCACCACAAUCUUCUGGGAGUUCAUUGGAAUAUAAUAAUCCACAUUAUUUCUCUCGUUUAUUACAAGAGUUGCUGCAGAAUAAGGACCCGAACAAUGAGCAUAAAUUACCAUUAUUUCCAGAAACUAUUGUUAAGGAAACAAAAAAUUUCAAAUCUCUCUUAAACGGAAAUCAGAAGAAUAUUUUUAAGGAUGUGUUAUCUGUGCGGGAAGUUAAACCAAAGAAGUAUGUAUUAUGGAAUAGUAUGGCUGGUAAUUCCCUUUGGACAAAUACUGUGGGAUCACUAAAUGGAUUCGCUGCAGCAUAUGUUUGGAUAACAGAACAGAGUGGAGUUCAACGUGUACCUGUUUACCCUAUUAUACCAUCAUCAUAUACCACAACUUGUGGCAGCAGAGGUAGCACCACCAAUAACAACAACAAUGCUAUUAUUACUACUACUUCUACUGCUACGGUGAAAUUGAUUGAUGAAGAAGCUGGAACCUCAAUAAAAAAUAUUAAUGAACUUGUUAAUAUUCCACCAUUUAUAGAGGAUAGGCAAUGUUCUGAACAACCUUCAAUAGGGUUCUCUUUUGGGGAUAUAUGGGAAUAUGAUAUAGACGCAGAAGAACGUGAAAAUCGUGAACUUCAUGAUUCUUUUCAACAAUGUUCAUGGUUUUAUGGAUACAGUAAUCCAUACGGUCCUCUGCUGAAUCGAUCACUAAUGGGAAGUAAUCAGUCUAUGGAAAUGUCUCAGUUUUUUUCUACAAUUUCUCUUCUUUGGUCUUAUGGUGCAACACGUCGAACAGCUUUUAUCGGAUUUCAUUUUCUAUGCUUGAUUAUAUCCUUUACCCUUCUCUCUCUUGGCGUGGGUCAGCGUCCUAGACUGAGAAAUGCGUGGGCACAGUCUGAUGCACUACGGGAUAAAGUUCGAAAUUCUUCUAGAUCAAGCUCAGAUAAACUCCUUCCUGAAGAUAUGCGAACAAAUGGUGAUAAAGUAGAAAGUAUAUCAAAUAUAUCUAAAGGUAUGACCCCAUUUAUGUUAAACGGAAGGAAUGAUAAUUUAAUGUCUUUUCCAUCAUUAUCACUUAAGUCAGAUACUCGUACAGAAGGAAUAAAAGAAACAAAUUCAGAUCAAAGAGAUUUGACGGAUGAUUGGUGGAAGAAUUCUGGUGGUGAUGACUCUAGUGUAAGUGAAAAACAAACAAGUGAUACACUUAUAGAAAAGAAUGUUAACUCUCCACCGCAAUUAUUUCAACAACAUUUUGAAGUAUUAAGAAAAAUAGGUCGUGGUGCAGAAGGAAGUGUGCAUUGUGUUGAACAUCGGGUUACAGGGAAGGUUUACGCAAUAAAAGCUAUUUGUAUUGAUGAGAAAGUUCAAGAACGAUAUAUACGGGAGGCAGUUUUACAUAGUUCUCUUGAUUGUCCAAAUGUGGUGAGAUUUUUUUACUCUUGGAUUGAGAAUGUUCCAACUCAUGUUGCUGAGACGUAUGGUAUUAUUCAUCAUAGAGGUACGAGGGAUAGUAUUUCAACACUCUACAAAGAAGAAAGUAGCCGUAGUUGGUCUAUUACAAAUUCUAUUUCAAGUGAUUUUUUACGUAGGGUGUUAUUUAUUCAAAUGGAGUACUUUGAACGUGGAACACUUGCAGAUUUCUUUCGCCAACGUAAUCGUUUUACUCGUCGCCAAAACCUCAAAUAUCUUCUUCAAAUCUCUGAAGGACUACGUUAUCUUCAUAGUCAAAAAAUCGUUCACCGUGACCUUAAACCAACCAAUAUAUUUCUCACAGACUCUGGUAUAGUAAAGAUUGGUGACUUUGGCUUAGCGAAGCAGAGUGUGGCCAACCCCAAUUCUCAGGGAACUAUUAAUGAUGAUUACGCCUCUCAGAAAUGCAUCAACGACCGGGAGUCUUCCAUUGUCGGUGGCACCCCGCUGUACUGCAGCCCUGAACAGAAAAUCGGCAAACCAGCAACGGCCGCCAGCGACAUUUACUCCCUUGGAGUCAUUGCCGUGGAGUUCUAUUCUCUCUUCACCACCGAUCACGAGCGGCUCGACACGUUGGGGGAGGCCCGCCUCGGGAAACUGCCGGCCGCCCUCGCCGCCGCCUUCCCGGAGGAGGCCGCACUCAUCCGCCAGAUGCUCAGCGAGCAGCGGGAGAAGCGACCAACACUUGACGAGGUCCUACGGGAACUGCGGCGGAUCAUUGGCACUAUACUGAACAAGAAGAAACAGUGGGUACACAAAGAAGAACAAGAACAAGAAGAAAAGGAAGAGGAAGAGGAAGAAGAAGAAGAGGAAGAAGAAGAGGAGGAAGAGGAAGAAGAAGAAGAGGAGGAGGAGGAGGAAGAAGACGAGGAAGAAGGGAGUCCUCACCAGCACCAGCACCAGCACCAGCACCACAACGGCACCAAUCAUUAUGAUCAUGGCCAGAAUCAAGGGCCGGAAUCAGGGUCAUCGUUGCAUUCAACAAGCGAUCGAAAGAUACAAUCAUACAUAUUCAAAAGUAAUGCCGGAGAUUCUGAAACUUCGCUGGAUUCUAAGAAGCUAUAA